AAUGAAACGAGUAUCGGCGGAUUAGUUUAUUUUAGUAGUAUUGUUUGUACUACUGAUCGUUAGUUGAGAAAAAUUAUAAAAAUCGGGGCGCAGUGCGUUGUGCUCAACAGUCAAACAUUGGAGUAGUUUUGUGCUGGUGUGUCGGGAGGCAGUAUCAAUAAACCUCUAUAUUUUUCACGAAGAAAAUCAACGAAGAAUAAAAAGGAAACGAAUACCAAGAUUGAUGUACAAAGAACGUUCAUUCAGCAAACACCACGUUCUACGGGCAAGUUAAAAAAUCGCAGGUUUUUGAAAAAAACCGGAACGUAUAAUUGCAUAGCAUUGAAGGGCUGUGUUUUCCAUAAAAUACAUCUCUAAUCUAUUCGAGAAUACGCAGGCAAUUAAAUUCGAGGAGCGUAACACCGCAAAGAAUCGUUUUAACGAAAUGAUUAUCACGUCGUUUUUUCGUAUUACGGUUCAACUUAAAAACUGCGAAAUACCUGAGGUUAUGUUUUAUUGAAACAUGAAUUUCCUAUUGUGCUAACAAGCUAAGCGACUCGCCUGAAAAACAAACGCAAACCGCAUCAAUUCAUAUGAGUGGAUAAUGCUUGGAGGCAAUGAACGGAAUGGAGAGACAUGGGCAUGGACAUGGAUAUUCGCAUGCACACUCACAUCGUCAUCGUCACUCACACGGAAAUUUGCCAAGCGGGCAACAAAAUUCGAGCCAAUCUUCGAAACAUAGCCAUACCCAUGCACCACACUCGCAGAAAGAUACGUCUGCUGUUCAAACGCCUCAGAAGCCAAGAAAUUAUAAGUUAUUAGUCGACCCAUUUUUGGUAAAGGGCGCGACAAAGUUGUAUAGGUAUGAUGGUAUGGUUCCAGGAGAUCCAACUUAUCCCGAAGUCCAACCGCGAGAUCCCAGGUCACAAUUAACAAGAAUAUGGACUCGCUUAGAACAACUUGAUUUACCUGUACCUAGAUUUAAAAUUGACUCGAAUUAUUGCGGCGAACCUCCUCCGAUUGAAGUUACGUUUUGCCAUUUAAACGACAAUAUCGACAAAACUUUUCUAACAGACAUGGUUCAGAAAUUCGGGAUAGUAGAAGAACUGAUCGUUUAUUAUCAUCCUAUAACUAACAAGCACCUUGGGAUCGCGAGAGUGGUGUUCGAAAGUACAAAAGCUUCGAAGGCUUGUGUAGAAAAAUUAAAUAACACGUCUGUGAUGGGUAAAGUCUUAAGAGUAUUUCUCGACGCAUUCGGGGACGAAUGUAAAAAGAUCUAUGAUGAUUUAACCACAGAAAAGAAGCCAGAGAAAAAGAUCGAGAAGGAGACAAAACCGAUCGAGACCGAACAAGGAAAGCAAACACCGAUCGAUAAGAUCGUUACCGAGGAGAGGGAAGAUUUUAGGAGUAAUAAAAAAUUGGUAUCUGGCGUAGAAAAAUCGAGAGACGCGUAUAUAGAGAACUCGAGAUACAACAAGUAUAGAGAUUAUCCUACUCCUAGCGGCAGCGCAGGAAGCGAUUUAGGCUACGGUACUGCGCCUAGCGAAUUAAAUUAUUCCAGUAAUUAUUCGCAGAAUUCUACUCCAGCCACGAAUUACGAUUUUUAUUAUAGUGGUUAUCAUCAUCAAGCUCCAAAUAAUUAUUUAGCAAAUAUGCCCCCGCAAAAUGUGUCGCAAAAUCUUUCAAUGCCGCAAAAUUCGAGCUUGUGGUGGGGAAAUAAUACAGCUGCACCUGGUUACGCGUCGUCUUCUAUGUGGCCUGUUCAGCAACAUGGAACAAAUUUAGAUAAUCCUAAUUCGAACGUGGUUCCACUCGCGUCUAAGGCCUCGAAUGUCAAAGUGUAUAACGCGGCUAAGAAAGAAAAAGAAAAUCAAAAUGUAACGAAGAAUUCGUCGCGAGAUUCGCCAGUAGAGACUCGUAAAACGUUGGAUCUGGAUACUAGAAUCGCUAUGUUACUGAAAGACAAAGCGGGAGGAAUGGCACCACCCUUCUUGCAGUUCGGUAGCGAUUCCGAGGACGAGAAGAAAUCUCUCAACACGGACAACGAAAUGCUCUCGGAACCACCGAGUCCUUUCUUAUCCCACGAGGCGUACAAAACGUGUUUCGAAAAGAUGCGAGAGAGGAAUAAAGAACGAUGGAAAGUUCACGAGAAUAACAUAAAUCAAUUUUCCGUGGACGAAGAUUUAGGUAGCGUUAUUAGUUCGAGCGAAGACGAAGCGUUGUUGGGAAGUUACAGUCCCGCACCGGAUGAAACUGGACCGGAACCGCCGAAGGAACCACUGCCCCCGCCACCACCCGAUGACGAUAGGAUGUCAUUAAGCCCGCUAAGUUCAGGAGAUGAAAAAAUCGAAGAGGUGAUAGCUCAAACGGAGCCCACAAGUCAAUUAUACCCAGGAGCUGGUUAUCCUGGACAGUUAACUCAUUAUCCGACGAACGACGUGUACCAUUGGCCAAGGCCAGCGCAAUAUCCGUACCCUUACGGGACGACGUACUUGCAAAGUCAUUAUCAACCAAAUACUACAUCAUUCUCUGGUAAUCAUCAAGGAGCGAAUUAUUAUCCAUCGUUUCAAUCGAGGCUUCACGCUAUGGCGAACCAUAAUAUUACGAAAGAUAAUCCACAAGGCCCUACUAUCAACGGUGUGCUAAACAGAGUCGUGAACGAGUUGAAGCAGAUAUUGAAAAGAGAUUUCAAUAAAAAAAUGAUCGAGAAUACCGCGUUCAAACUGUUCGAAGUGUGGUGGGACGAGAAAAAGUCGGAAAAGAAUCAAAAUCAAGCAGGGGAUAAUACUAUUGUUAAUAACAAUAACAGUAAUAAGGAAGAGAGUCAGAAACCGCAAGGACUGUCGUUACUUUUAGAACAAGGAACUCCGCUCGGAUUUAAUUACGACGGAUUCGGUCUGGGUAUCAGAGCUAGCAUGCCAAAGAUGCCUUCCUUCAGGCGAAAAAUGAAAGCUCCGAGCCCGUCGCCACAAGACGACGACAGUCGUCAGUCCGACCACGGCGAUACGGAACUUAUAGGAAGCGAUAGCGAUCUCGAUUUGGCUUCGGUGCAAAAACUUAAAAGGCCACAUACUUCUCCUCCAAGCGUUUCUUCGGCAUCUUCGUCGUCGUCAUCAUUGAGCGAGACCAGUAGCGAGAUAAGUUGCAGCGAAUCUUCCAGCAGUUCAAGCGAGAGUUCCGAUGAGGAAGUCUCCGCGAACUUUGAAGAUGAGCAAGACAUGGACAGCCGUAUGUCAGAUCAUCGUCCACUGGCUUGCAACAGCGACGAUCCUGAUAUUUUGAUGGAGCUUGCCAUUCAAAGAUCAUUAGAUUGUCCAACGCCUACUGGUAGAGAAACGCCAUUGCCUGACUUCGAAAUGAACGAUGUAAAUUCGAACGAAUUCCCAGAAUGCGAUAACGAAGCCAGUCCUCUGCCAUCUCCGUUACGAAGCGAUAAACAAGAAACCGAGGAAACGAAGAAGACAUCUAUUAGUGAAGAACAAUUUGAAGAUACUUUAUCGGCGAACGAGAAUGUAGAGACUAAGAGCGUGGAAAACGAAAUACAGACGAAAGGAAAAGGUAGCACUUCGGUAGCAUCGGGUAAACAAGAAUCAUGUGAUAUGCAGAAAAUGGAAAAUUCCGCAGCGGAAGCUUUAAUAACUUUAGCUGGCCAAGAUAAUAUUAUAAGGCAUAGAAGUCCGGGACCUGUACAACCAAAUAUUAUUAGAGCUCUUGAAAAUAUGUCUGACAAGUACAUUAACGACGAACCCAUUUUGAAAGAAUCUGAGAAGAUCGAGAUGUUUAGCGAGAUACCUACUACCGACUCCGAGGAGGAAAGUUUAGAAAUUAGAAGAUUGAGGUACCAAGCCGAGACCGAUCUUCGAUUGAAUGGACAACAGAGUCCAAGACAUUCUCAGGCUUCGCAAGUAUUUAUGGAACAUUCGUAUUCAUUGCCUCCGGCACAAUCGGAUAUCGCAAAAGCUGUACUUCGCGCGCCUCCGGUGCAAAUGAAACCGGUGAAACUUAAAUCUCCGAAAAUUAUGAAACUAUCCAAGCCUAAAGAUAAAUCGCACCGAGUGGAAAAGCGUAAAUACAACAAAUAUACGAAGAUACAUGGUCACCAGAAUCAUCAUCACGAGGGUGAGAAAGAGAAUAUCGAGAAUGAACAUGUUUACGAUAAGUAUCCGAGGAGGGUCGAGAAUCAACCAACGGUUACUUAUAAAGAGCGAGAGCUCAUGUCGGAAAUGGCUGUUUUGUACGAAUUUUUAACCAGAGGAAUAGACGCGGAAGAUGUUGAAUAUUUAAGACGAAGCUAUGAGGCUUUAUUAGCUGACGAUACUCAAGGUUAUUGGUUGAACGACACGCAUUGGGUCGACCAUCCACCGACAGAUAUUCCAAGCCCUGCGAAACGAAGAAAAAGGGAUGAGCUUAGAUUGCACACAAGCGGUAGCGCGAGAACAGAAGGCUAUUACAAAGUCGACGUUCGAGAAAAAGCAAAACACAAGCAUCACUAUGCGCAAAGCAUACAACGAAGUAACGACGUCGAGGAUAGCAAUGGCCCUUACACUGGCGGUGACGGAACGAUGAACGGUCCAAAGAACAAUACUAAAGCUUUAACUGGUAAAAUGCAAGCAUUGUCUCGAGAAGCCCGAAGUAAUCAACGUCGAUUACUAACGGCGUUUGGUAUUGAUACCGACAGCGAUCUUCUCAAAUUUAAUCAGUUGAAAUUUAGGAAAAAACAAUUGAAAUUUGCUAAAUCUGGUAUACACGAUUGGGGUCUAUUUGCCAUGGAACCAAUCGCAGCCGAUGAGAUGGUUAUCGAAUACGUUGGCCAAAUGGUCAGACCGGUUGUUGCCGACUUAAGAGAGUCUCAGUACGAAGCUACUGGUAUCGGCAGUUCUUAUCUUUUCCGUAUCGAUUUAGACACGAUCAUCGACGCAACGAAAUGCGGCAACUUGGCACGUUUCAUUAAUCAUAGUUGCAAUCCGAAUUGUUACGCAAAAGUAAUUACGAUCGAAAGCCAAAAGAAAAUUGUAAUCUAUAGCAAACAACCGAUAGGAGUUAACGAGGAAAUUACGUACGAUUAUAAAUUUCCAUUGGAGGAUGAUAAAAUCCCUUGCCUAUGUGGAGCUCCUCAGUGUCGGGGUACCUUAAACUAAAUCGUUCAUAAGAACUAUAUUGUUCGAUCCAUUUUCCUGUCUUCUACACUUCAUCAUACCCUGCUCAUAUUUUUGUAAAUACUUCCCCAUGUAAACAUUUUAUAAAAUGCAAUGGAAAAAUGCUAAAUUAUGUUAAUACGAGCUAUUUCUCUAACAUCCUUCCCGUAAAUUAAGAACAUUAUAAUUAUGGAAACGAGAAUCUUGGAAUCGUUAUAAUAUUUAUAAUUUACGGUCUGUUUUUGUAUAUACAUAGACGUAACUUAAGGUUUUAUUCCUAUUAUGUUUCUGUUAAAAAAUAAAGUAACAGUUUGUUAACAGUGAUUAUGUACAUAGAUCAUCCGUACGGUAUAAAAAUUUCCAUGUUUUUUAACAGAAAUCGAAUCGAACGACAAAUAUAUGUAAAUAUAUUUCACUA